GCUGUUAUGCGAGUCACGUGCUAUAGCUUGACGCUUCUGAUUGGUUGUCGCAGCCACUUCUUGCACGUGGCUGUAAAUCAAACCCUUACUUGUGUGGUUCCAACGCGUAUGAAAAAGAAAGAAAUAACUCCGCCAGCAGCAUAAACAGUUGGAGCAGCACUCAGCACGUUGUUUUCGCGAGACGAGAUUCUUUUUAAGAAAUGGAACAUUGCGCCGUUGCGGGAUGCCAAAACAAAUGUGCACUUUUUCCAUUUCCUUCGGAUUUUGUUAGAAGAGUUGUAUGGAAAAAAAUACUGGACAUUAAUAAAACUAUUCCUUGCAACAGUUAUGUGUGCAUUCUCCAUUUCGAAGACAAAUACAUAGAUCAAACUGGAUUAUUACCAAAGCUGAAAGAAAAUGCUGUUCCAUAUCUAAUUAAAAAUAUGGAGACUAACAGAAUGGACACAAACAAAACAGACUCAAUGCCCGGACCUUCAUAUGUGCGAGUGAAAGUAGAACAAAAUGUCGAUGAACACGAUCCGCCAAGUGAUUCUGAUGAUUCAUCAUACGAAUUUUCAGGCGUACGAGUAAACGUAGAAAAUAAUGCUGAAAGUGACGAAAGUGGUUUGCGAUCUUCUGUCAUUUGUUCGAGAGAUAACGAAGAGACGAAUGCUUCCUCAUCGAAAACGCGGGAGCCAACUCGAAACGAGACAAUAAAAGUCCCGCUCGAAAGGCCACAGAAUUCUUCAAACAUUCGGGAAGUGAGUACCAACACAAUGAGUGCAGCUUCCAAAUGUGACAAAGGGACAAAUACUUCGCUCUGCUCAUUACCAGAAGAACAGAAAUCAACUGAGGAUCAAGCCACGAGAAACUCGUUCAAAAGAAUAUUGAAUACGAAUUCUUUAAAAGUGAAAACAGUUAAAAAAGUCAAGAAUGCAGAAAAAAAAAUCAAAAUGUUAAAACUGCAAAUUAAGCGAAAAAAUGAGAAAAUUGAUAGUAUGAAACGUAUUAUCCAGGAAUGUUUUAAUAUGAUGUAAGAAUGUAUGCAGGACAUAACUGUCCCAAGUUUGUAUGCUUAUUUUAUUUUUUUAAAACAUUAUACAUAUUAAAUAUAUAUUAAUAUGGUUUUAAGAUAUUUUUAAUAUAUUAAUAUAAUUUUAAUAUAUUAAAAAUAUAUUGAAACCAUAUUAAUAUAUAUUUAAUAUAUAUACAUGAUUCUUCACUAUAUAUAAUUAUGUUCUUUUGUCAUUCGAAUAAAAAAUACUUUAAUAUACAUAAAAUAAAACAAGCUCGAAGAUUGAUUGAUCAUUUAACAAUUGUACACUUGACAAUUUCUCUCUCGAUUUGGAAUUUUUUUUUCUUCGAGAAACUGAAAACUAUGUAAUUAGUUGUAACAUUUAUAUACGAUUUAUUAAAUAAAGAAUUAUGAAAGAUAUUACCUAGCCAUGUUAAAGUAUAUACAUAUAUAUAAGAGAAGAAUAUUUUAUAUUUACAAAAGUAAUAAAAAUUAAUUUAAAAGUAUCGUGACGCAACGUGUGUAGAGAGUGUCGAGAAGAUUAAAAAAAAAAUAGUACCGGGAUUGAUUGUGUAUACAUAAGUUAAAUAAAAAGAUUUAUUUGCAUCGCAUGCUCUAAGAGCAUUUGAAUCACUUUCAUUAUUGAUGCGAACGUAUUGGAACGUGUUGGAGUGAGUAGGAGUUGGAGCAUACGACGCGAACAAAUCUAAAAUUACAAAAGUGAGCAAAUUCACUAGAACUUGAUCAAUAAAUUUAUAUUCUAGUAAAUUUACUUACUUUUGUAAUUUUCAUCAAGUAUAUAAUCUACUCUCUAAUUUUAUUACUGCCAUUUACUUCUGUCAGUCAAUGUUUUAUGUCUUCCUUCUCUCUCCCCCAAUUACUACAUGUAUUUUGCUCUUAUUUACUGCCAUGCAUUUAUUAAUGUUUACAUGAGUGUUUUAAAUUAACAUUAAAAUAUUUUUAAUACAUGAAGCUCUUAUACUUUUUAUUUCAGUACUACAAUUGAAAAAAACUAACUUCGCGUAGACUACACCCUUAACAUGCUUAACUGAUCCCAAGCUGAGAUAAAGAAGGAGGCUAUACGGGCCAGCCUACCCGCAGGAAAAACCAUCGUUCCCAAAACCAAAAAUGUAAGGUUCUCAGAAAAGAUCGGGAACAUUAACGACCCGACAAGAUCAAAAAGAAAAAUGAAAGUGAAGGGACAUGAAAAUAUGUGCCCUCUCGAAAAUAAAAAAAAGGGAGGAAAAGGAAAUCUUAAAAACGAAGAGUAAAUUCUAAUAUACAGCAGACUAGAAAUAUCACGACCCCAAGAGGAGAUCACCAAAACGGUGGUACGAGAUCUGGACAUCGACAUCUCAGAAAUAGCAAACGUCCUAGUAAGAGCUGCAAUGAUGGAAAUAACAGGACAAAGUCUUACAACAAGAAUUGAAAAAAAAAAAGCGACAGUAAUUGGGACAGUUGCCCUACACGUAUUAAAGAAAUGUAAGUUUUGUAUAUCAUUGACAAUUUUAGACAUUGAAAACAUUUUAUUCAGUCAGUAAGAAGCAUUCUACAUGAUGAUAAUAAUAAUCAUAGUAUAAUCCGUGGUAAUAAUAAUAAUAAUUAAUAAUCAUAAUAAUUCAUUCGUAAUAACCACCAUUUGUAAAUGUACAAGGUAAACUUUCUCUCUCUCUGUCUCACCUUUUAUUUCUCUUUCUCUCUCUCUCUCUCGCUCUUCGUUUUCGCAAUCUCUCUCGCUCACACUCGUUGAGAAUUGUUAUUUAUAUAGUGUAUAGAUAAAAUUACAGAAAAAUUCACCAAUAUAUAAAUCAAACGUCGUUACUCUUCAAAGACUAUGAAUGUAGUCAAUAAAUCAUCCCUAUCAUCAUUCCGUCUCUGCUGCAAAGAUACUUCUUGAUACUCUUCUUUCUUUCUUUUUCUUCUUUUUUUUUCAGUUCGGCAUUCGGCAGCGUUGUUGGAUUUGAAGGA